AUGGUGGACUGGCUAAGUCUUGCCGUUCCUCUAGCCUAUCUAGGCAUCUUGAUAGGCUCUCUCGCUACAUUUUCUUCUCUAUACCGCAAGCGCAAGGCCCGCAAAUCUAACUCUUUGGAGCCAUGGUUCCCUGCUCAUCUCCAACGUGAUAUCUACUUUUCCCUCCUUCACAUCGACCCUCCACCCCAAAAAGAGAAAGAGAAAAGGGUACCCGCUAUUCCAGACUCUGUUCUCAAGGCCGCCCUUCUACGCCGCGCUGUCGAAGAUAUCAAGCGUGUUCUCGCCCUACGCAGCCAGAAACAGGCACUAUCUGUACUGCUUCAGCGCGGCAGUGUUGGCGAUGACCUUUGGCAACGAUUCUUGCGCGCCGAGAAAGAGAUGGAAGAAGAGGUGAAGGAUGUUGUUGCUGAGGCAAAUGCCUACGUUCCCAACUGGGGCCAAAUCAUAUUCCAAUCAGCCAACGAGAUGAUGAACAAUGACCUCUACCGCCAAAGAAUGUCUGAGCACCAGGACAAAGUUUCCGAAGAGCGCAAGUGGUGGGAUAAUAAGAAGGCCAGUGUUCAAGAGAGCUUCAUGAAGGAAUUGAACGAUGAGAAGACUGGCUCUAGUGCAGCUUCUAAGGCCCCGGAAUCUAUCUCUCCAGCUGCACCUACAUCGAUCGCACAGGCUAGUGAUGAUGAGCCAGUAUUGGUUGAAGCAGAGGCGUCAGCGCCUGGUUCCCCACCUGGUAGCAAAAAGAAGAAGAGCAAGGGAAAGAAAUAG